AUGGCCGACUCCACUCCUACAACGCCUAUCUCGCCCCAUGGGCAUGCUCUCAAUCACGAUUCGAUGGUGACCGUUUCGCUGUCCGACAUCCAAUCCAGUUCCGAACACACCCAACCAGAUUGGCGCACACUCGAGAUUCCUCCCACACCGGUGGCGAUGUCCCACCAGUCGGACGCCAACCGAAAUGUCGCCGACUCAUUCGGUCCCAUGCUACGGGACACCGCACAGGCUAGCCAACGCCCCACAGACCCUUCGACCCCGACUUCCGCAGAACCUAGACAUGUGGAGGAAGAUAUGGACCACGAGGUGGACUGGGUGAACCUGGACAAAACAGAGGAACAGGAGCCGCGCGGGGAGGGCUCUGAUGACUCCACUGCGCUACUACUAGCUCGGCUGGAACAGGAGAACAAUGCUUUGGCAACAGACCCCAAAGCUGGCUUAGCAAAAUCCCCGAAAAUUCAGACGCAUCAUCGCCAAUCACGCUCCCAGUCACUGCACCAAAUCAAGCGGUUGAUCCGUGAUCCAGCUCGGGCAGAGCUACGAUACUCGCAACUUCCCCCUCCACCGAUGACCGAGCUGGAAUUUUGGGCGGCACUAGUCGCAGAUUACCCGCAGACCGCCCAGCGCUUACCGACCUUAACCUCGAACAAGAUCCAGGGAGGUGUGCCUCCGCCACUGAGAGGGGUGGUGUGGCCAAGUCUGGCUGGGGCUCGCGAUCCGAGUCUUUUGAACGAGUUCCAACGGCUCUCGGGGGAAAGUAGUCCAUAUGAUGGCCUGAUAGGAAAGGAUAUCGGUCGCAGCUUUCCUAAUGUGGAGAUGUUUCGGGAUCCCAAUGGCGAGGGCCAGCAGAUGUUGGCCCGGGUGUUGAGAUGCUUCAGCCUGUACGAUGCCCAGAUCGGCUACUGCCAAGGCCUUGGAUUCGUGGUUGGCCCAUUGCUCAUGCACAUGUCGGACGCAGAAGCAUUUUGCGUGCUUGUUCGUCUGAUGGAUCACUAUAACCUCCGACAGUGCUACCUCCCAGAUUUGUCAGGUCUUCACCUUCAUGUUUACCAAUUCCAGAACCUUUUGGCUAGACACCGACCAGUCUUGUUCGAGCACCUGGAGUCGCUGAAUGUUGAACCGGUCUAUGUAUCGCAAUGGUUUCUGUCGUUCUUUGCAGUGGCGUGUCCGUUGCCCAUGCUUCUUCGAAUCUAUGAUGUCAUUUUCCUCGAGGGGGCUUGUGAGACCCUGAUGCGCGUUGCUCUUUCUCUGAUGCAGCGAAACGAGAAGAGAAUAUUGGCGUGUGCCGAGUUUGAGGAUGUGAUGCAAUUCCUUCUAUCGCGGAGUGUUUGGGACACAUACGCCUUCAAUGCGGAUGACCUUGUUAAUGAUUUUGUAUCACUAACGUCCCUCGUCACCAAAGAGAGCCUGCAGGCGCUGGAAGCCAGUUACAAUCAAUCACAAGGUGUCCCAACAGGCAUCUCAUUUCCACAGAUGCAGGCUACAGCAUCCGGCUUUCUGGGACGUCUCUGGGCGGGCUCAAACAAUCACAACUCCGUUAAAUCGCUGAACCCUAACACCAGCCAGUCACGCCCACCCAGCACAAUUCGACGUUCCACAUCAAAACAAAGCCUAACAUCAACACUCAACUCGGUCGAAAGCAACUCUGAUGCUAGCACAGCCCCAACUGAAUUAUCCGCUGGUACAAUGCUUGAUGGUCACAAAUCUCGAGUCAAAUCCAACAUGUCCGUCAACCAAAAGGAUCGUGAUCUCCACACCCAGAUUGAAGACCUCUUGAUGGCAUUGGGUGAUCUGCAACAUCAACAUGCGGACCUGAUCCUGGAGUUGCAAAAAGAACGUGAAGAGCGUGAGGAGGACCACGCCAUUGCUAAGGAGAUGCUCAAUCACCUACAGGGGCUCACCGAUGAGCUACGACCCACCGAGCUUGUCUCCAAAGCUCAAGCCCGAUACUCGAACGAACCCAAGCACACAUCAAUCCCUCAGACAAAACAGCAACUCCAGGAUGACAUGAAUCGGUGGAAAAAAAUGCACGAGGUGGAGGCUAGUCGUUGCAUGGACCUCUCUCGACGCAUGGAUGACUAUGAGAAAGAGAACACAAUCCUCAAGGACCAGCUCCGUGAGGCUCGAGGCCGAAUCCAAGAUGGUUACCGGGAUCGACAGCGCCUAGAACGGAAGAAUCAAGAGCUACGCACCAUCAAUACGAAUGCAUCCGAGCCACGAACACCACCGGAGAUUGUCUCUCCAGCCUCUGAUACGAGCGAGAAGGCUUCCCCUCGAGGGCUUCGGGAGUUGAAGCUGGCCCGCAGUAACUCUCAGAAGAGCCCCGUUUACAACAAACGCUCCAGCAGCCUAGGCCUUCAAAAAGUCCUGUCUACUGAAAACAACAAACCUGCCCCUGAAGAAGCGUUACUCUUGGAACUUGUUGCCUCAAAGACCGCAGAAGCUGUGGCUAGGCAGGAACUCGAAGAGGCAAAGUGCAAACUGGAAUCUUUACGCAAGAUGAUCAGUGCUCCUGCCGCCCAUCCCGGUGCAAAGCUCGAGAACCGGCACUCUUUCAUGGGGCGUGCUUCGAACAGGAAUAGCAUCAGCAAAGCCCCGACUGAGCCGAUUAAGACUCCAAGUGCCUCGAACAAUGCUGGCGGUGGCUUCUUCAGUGGAUGGGGCCGACGAGCUGCACCAGGCCACGAAACCCCAUAA